AUGCGUGAGUCCGAAUAUCAGAACGUACCCUGCAUAUCGCUGAUACAGUGCAACAGUGGUGUCAACCAUGGAACAUUCUUGCACAUUGCUCAUGAGGAGGGCUUGAUCCGGAAUACUAGUAUACACGCGGGCAUCCGAGCUCCUGUGGUACGGCCGAAAGGUGAUGUGCGCAACGACCUUCGAUGUGGUUUUGAGAUGGUCAAGGCCCGGGCAAUCGAUCGACUGGGUAUAGCUGGAAUCAUCGACAAGCUCAAAUCUCGCGUCGCUGGAACGAAGGUCUACAUCAGUGUCGACAUAGACGUACUCGAUCCGGCAUUCGCACCUGACGGUCUCGAAGGACUAGACGUCGUUGGGGCAGAUGUUGGUACGUAUUUUCCGAGCCCCGUUGACUUAUUAGUAAGAGCACUAGAAGCUGACUGA